GAAAGCCUUGUAUAAGGCAGAAUGGAUAAAGCGAUACGAUCUUUCGUCCAUCCAUCACUUCAAUUACGGAUCAUAUGUCCCGCGCAGGACCCUACCGAGCGACACAGCAGAUUUUCAAUGCCAUCUUUGCACAGAACAAAUCCACAACAACGGAGACGCCACCGACGCGUUUCUAAGCCAUAUCUACAACAACUGCGAAACAUCCAAAUACUGGUGGCAAGAGCUAAAAUUUACCAAGCCCAUGAGCUUGAACUCAAUGUUGGCCCCAGCCGACAACUCAUUGGGGAACUUAACAAAAUUAAAUUGGUUUGUCACCACGAUCUUCAAGGUCUACACCAGAAGGCGAGGCGAGUCGCAGGAAGUUGGCUCCUUAAGUCCGCUACAACCAGCUGAGUUGAAGCAACUACUACAGGAGACCUAUCCUAGGAGUCGAUGACGUAAUAUCCAAUACGUAAACUAACGGAAGGGGACGGGCC